AUGGAGUCCUCCUCAAGCUCCUUCAAGUUCGAUCAAGAUGGCGCAGACCAGCACCAAGAUGCGGCAUGGUUGAAAACGGCUGAGCAAGAGGUUGCUCUGGACACGGGCGUGUUCGGAGAGGCUGAGCAAAAGUUGGACGAACUGAUCAGAGACUACAUCCAACUCCGGGUUGCUCCUUCGUCACAAGGAGUUCAGGCGGCGAUCCAUCUCCUCGGCGAGUCAUGGGCCGCGAAGAACCUGCCAGAUGUAGAGGUUGCGCCUUCGUUCCUGCUUCCUCCCUUCAUCUCUUCUGCAGACAGAGACACGCUCAUCGAGCAGACCAGGCAAAAUUUGAUCGAGGAGGUGGAGAAUCUGCCGAACGAGAUGACGAGUCAGCUUGAGAGGAGCAUAGAGUCGAGAUUGAAACAGAACCUCCGACGACAUCUCCUUGGUAAACGAGAGGCCUACAAUUCCAUGAGCGAGCUCAAGGAGGAGGCGAGUUCUCAACCUCCUCCUUCCACCUUCCUCUUCCUCCACCACCUUCCACCUUCCUCCUCCUCCUCCUCCUCCUCCACCACCACCACCACCACCUUCCACCUUCCUCCUGCUCCUCCACCACCACCACCACCUUCCUCCUUCCUCCUCAUCCUCCUCCCCCUUUCCCUUAUCCUCCUUUCCAUUAUCCUCCUUUCCAUUAUCCUCAUGCUGUUCUCUUUUGCUUCCACUAUCUUGGCUACUCUUGACAUCUCGCGUCAGACGAGAAACUCUGUCGGGGCGGCCCUUGCAGCGAUCUGGUUGCAGCAGCCGCACGUUCAGGAGCAGCACAUGCAGUCCUUGUCCGGCAUGCUGCUCCCCGGCGGACCUGCCAAAUACGUUGAGAUUGGAACCACCCUGUCCAAGAAGCUGGACAAGGCUGGACAGUCCUUGGAGGACGUCGAGAAGAAUUCGUUGCGUCCCAUUAUCUUCCGCACAGGGACAGAGAUGUACUCUUCUCAUCAAGAAAGGUUCAUGCCCACUGACCACCCGACUCUGACUUCCUCCUCGCAGAAAGCAAAGUUUGAACGCCACCUCCUCCUCCUGGGACCCAUCUUCAGAGUCUUUCCUUGCAAGCAUCCUGAGGAGAAAGACUUCUGCUGGUGGCUCGCGUGCUUGAUGGAGGUUGACAAGCUGAUCCUUCACGGAGAGGCACUCCACGAGCAAGCGAUCAGCAUGACACGCAAGAUCAAGAGCAUGGACGAACCUCUCGCCGCACUCCUCGCCAAGCUCUACAUGGCCGACAAGAGGAAGGGUCAGUCAGCUCAGUCCUUGGCACAGGAUGACUUGAAGGCAGGAGGCGAGGGCUUCAAGGACGACAAACAAGCUGAGGAAGGCGUCGCCUUGCUCUUCGAGCCAUGGCUGGACACAGGCCUUGCAGGCUACCUCGGCAUGCAGCCACUGUGCUGGUGUUGGGAUCAGGUGAGAGUUCCUUUUACCCGCCAGCACCUCAAGACCGUCGCAGUGCUUCCUCAAGGGAUGGCACAUCCUCCCUCGCCUCUGCAUCGGCCUGGCCCUCAGGCUUUCAGGUUUAUCUCCUUCCUAGUUCCUCAAGUGAGAUCAGCGUGCAGUGGAGCUGCGGAGAUGCAGUACAUGGGAGGCCUGCGAGUCAGGUAUGGGGACACUUGGACUUGA